AUGGACCUCACUUUUCUGUGGGCGCUGCUGCCACUGGUCACCAUAGCUGGGGGCCAGUAUGGAGGUUAUGGGUACCCAUACCAGCAGUACCAGGAUUAUGACGAUGAUGGGUGGGUGAAUCUGAACCGGCAGGGCUUCAGCUACCAGUGUCCCCAUGGGCAGGUGAUAGUGGCCGUGAGGAGCAUCUUCAACAAGAAGGAAGGUUCCGACAGACAAUGGAACUAUGCCUGCGUGCCCACACCCCAGAGCCUCGGGGAACCCACGGAGUGCUGGUGGGAGGAGAUCAACAGGGCUGGAAUGGAAUGGUACCAGACAUGCUCCAACAAUGGGCUGGUGGCAGGGUUUCAGAGUCGCUACUUUGAGUCGGUGCUGGAUCGGGAGUGGCAAUUCUACUGCUGUCGCUAUAGCAAGAGAUGCCCCUAUUCCUGCUGGAUGACGACAGAAUAUCCAGGUCACUAUGGUGAGGAAAUGGACAUGAUUUCCUAUAGUUACGAUUACUAUAUGCGAGGAGCAACAACCACUUUCUCUGCAGUGGAAAGGGAUCGCCAGUGGAAGUUCAUCAUGUGCCGGAUGACCAACUAUGACUGUGAAUUUGAAAAUGUUUAGAUUUGCUAAAUCUUGGUGACGGGAAGGCGGUCCGGAGGCCUGAGGGUGUCCACAUAUGUUAAUAUCAACUGGAACUACUAUGCUAUUUCCCCGGCUCUCCUCAUUUCUCCUUGAGCUGAUUGGAGCUGCGAGGCCAGCUUUCUGGGCCUUUCUGACUAGUCUCAUGCUUAUAUCCACCACAAGCCAAAUUACUCCCUUUUAACGUGUUCCAUAGCAAACGCUUUAUGACUGACAGUGUUUUUCUUGCACACCUCAUAUAGGGGUGUGUGUUCACUGCCUGACACGAAGUCUGGCUCCUCGAGCACCUGCCACAGCUUUGCUACUGCUUUAACUACACCACGAGCUCCACACAGACCUGGUGCUAAGAGUGUCUAUGAGAGGUUUCGUGGAGUGGAGAAAGGGGGCACAGUUUGAGGAAGGUGGCAAUGAAGGAUACAUGAAGUUGUGUCUGUGAGAGCCAAGACCAGAUCCUCCCGCGGAACAGACCUGCUGUGUGGGUGUGAUGGUUUCCACCACCACUGCCCUCCCCAGGAGCUACGCUUGCUUGGAAGUUUAAGUGCAGGGCUCUAUUCUGCAAGAGUAAGGACAUGACGUGAGGUGGUAACAUGGGAGGAUUUGGGAACAGAGAUACAAGACAUAGGGUUGAAAGGACUUUCUGAAGUGGAAAAAGAAUGUAAGGAAAGAGAGUGCAGGUACCAGAGGAACCUGGAAGAAUGAAUCUCAAGUUAGAUAAAAGCAAAGAAGAGCGACAUCCAUAAAUGGGACUCGACUUAAAAAUAUGUAGGCGGGAGAGCAUGGUCAGCUUGCUUUGAGAAAUGGAAAAAGGGGUUCGCGUCACUGGCACCUGAGGGCAUGACCAGGACUCCUGGGCAAGCUGCUGUGUGCCCCAUGGGGGUUUCUGGCAAAGUCACCUGGAUGGGUCCUGAGGUUCUGGGGGUGGGCGGUGGGGAAGCUGCCUUCAAGGUGCACAUUCCUUUUUGUAUAGUUUAGGGAUGUGUUCUGCAGAAGUGACACUCUUUUUCCCAUUUGAUGUCUCUGUCUCCUCCCUAUGUAUUCUCCUCAUCAUAAAAGGAAUAAAAA